UUCAAAGAAAUAAAAAAAAAAUGUAAUAACCUGAAAUGCUGAAAUAAACAAAUUUUAACUGUGUCCAGUGAUAUCCUUCGUGUCCAGAACAAAACCUAGCUCAACAGAGAACUCAACUUGGAUUUCCUUCCUGUCAGGCAUCGAACCUGCAGUGUCAAUUUACGGUACUCGACCCCGUAGUCAAUCAACCUGUUAGCUGUCUGAAGUCAAUUCAUCUGCUCAGCGUGUUGCGCCUACCUAAACAUUAGUAGACGAAAAAUAUUAGAAGUCAUUCGCUUUCAGUUUACGACUACACACAUUAGCCAAAAUGUUGCAAUACUUUGGAGCAUUUUUAAUCUCAAUUCUCUUCCUUCAAGAUUGCACACACAGUCUUCGCUUGCUCGAAGUGCGAAUACCCAACUACGUGAUUAAAGGAUCAGCAGCACAACUGGAAUGUCUUUACGAUUUGGACGGCGAGGCAUUGUAUUCAGUUAAAUGGUACAAGGAUGGAAAUGAAUUUUAUCGUUACGUACCUCGAGAUAUGCCCCCAGCUCAAACGUUUCUCCUGCCAGGUGUUUCAGUGGACUUGCAUAAUUCAAGUGAUGCCAUUGUGACUCUAAGGAAUGUCAAUUUACAAACAGCGGGUCGUUUUCGAUGUGAAGUUUCUGGCGAGGCACCAUCAUUCCAAACCGUAACAGAACACAGUGAUAUGAUCGUCGUAUCCCUGCCAGAUCAAGGGCCUCCAAAAAUUAGCGGUGGUCGUCCGCGUUAUCAAAUUGGCGAUUGGGUUCGUAUCAAUUGUACUGCCGGUCGUUCCAAGCCCGCCGUGCAACUGUCAUGGUUUGUUAAUGGAGAACCCGCCGAGCCAAACACCCUUCGCAAAUAUGACACAAUGGUGUCGGGCCGAGAGGGCUUGGAGACGUCCAUAUUGGGUCUGCAAUUUCGGGUAGAGCAACAUCAUUUUCGCAAUGGUGACAUGAAACUUAAGUGUGUCGCCUCCUUAUCAACAUUUUAUUGGCGAAGCAACGAAGAGUCCGUAGAAGGUGAUCGGCCACAAAAGGCACCAGUGCUCGAAUCACGUGAAACAGUUUAUGCUAGCAAUUCCCGUGCCGAUCCCGUUCAAGGUAUGUCAUUCCGGGAAAUAUUUGUUACCAAAAUCUUAUCGUUUUUCAUUCAACCAAAUGCAGCAGCCAGCAAAACGGAUUCAGUCAUUGUUGCAAAUGCACCCAGCUUCAUUGUAUUGUUGUUGGCGGCAACAAUUGCUACCGGCUGCCUAGAGCAGUUGCAUUUAUGGCAACAAUUGUUGGUUCAACAACUUUUAAGAAAACGUGUACAAGAUAUUAAAAAACUACGACAACAACGACAAAAACAGCAACAACAUGAACAACAGCAACAGCAGCAACAACAACAACAACUCUCUGCUGAGCAGGAAAAACAUGAAACGGAAAAAAAUCUACGAGAUGAAAAUGAAAAUCAUGGAAGAAAUGAGCAACAGGAACAUCAUUUUGAGAAUCAACAAGAACAAGAACAAAAAAUUGUACAAAUUAAAAUGAAUAAAAAAAAUGAUGGAAAAAGCGCUUGCUUUGAGAAAGAAAUGCUUUUCGAUUUUAAUGAGGAAAUGCCAAGUUUGUCAAUGUCAUCUCUGUCGUUCAACACAGCUUCCGAUUUUCCGACUACAGCAACAGAAAUGAGUUCGCUAAAACUGUUCGCUGCAAGGUAGCUUCAUUAAACUGGAAGGAAUAACCUCACAGAAAACACAAAAU